AUGAAGCGGAUUGAUGGUACGAAGUGCGCCAGUACGGGACCGUUCUCUCUGUUGUCAUCAGCUGUUCAGGAAUCUCAGAUAGGGUUGUUUAUCCUGUGCUACCAAGACUACUCAGACCGAUGUGGAACCAUCCGGCCUGGGCCGAAGACCGUGUUCUUCUGGGCUCCCGUCAUGAAAUGGAGUCUUGUAUUGGCUGGCAUUGCAGAUUUUGCUCGUCCAGCAGAUAAACUCUCACCUGCUCAGGUAAGAUCCAUGGUCCUGAAAGGAGCCGUCUGGGCACGAUAUAGUUUUGUUAUUAUUCCGGUAAAUUACACAUUGGCUAGUGUAAACAUCUUUUCUGAUGUGUGUCGGCUUGACACAACUUUGCCGAAUCGCUGA